UAAAGUAAUAAAUUACUUUAGGCUAGCGGCAAAUGUGCCGUAGUAAAGUCACAGAACUUGGAUUUGACUUUCAAUUAGUUCAUUUUGUUAGAUUUUUUGUUAAUGAAGGGCAUAGAAGUCAUUUUCUUUUCAUCUUCCUCAAACUGCAACCCUAAUUACCGACAGAUUUUUCAACAUAAUUCUUCAAUUGUUUUUGAUGAUUUGCAUCGUUUAAGAUCCGUUUUUGUUGUUGUUAGUCACGCAUUAUGAUAGAUUCACCAUACAAUUAUCAAUUUUUAGAACGGAUACAUCUCCUUUGUCUUGGAAACGCAUCUCCUUUGUCUUGAAACGUUUCCGAGACGUCUCCCUCCUCUCACCAAACCCGUCCCCGGUUAGUCAUGCCGUCCAGGGUUCAUUGCACAUGUGUUGGGGACGUUUCCCAGGCGUUUCCGGGACGUACCCGUCCCCCCGGCGAACCCGGUACGCGAGACGGUAACCAAGUGGCGUACCCGUGCAACCUAGAUGGGAAGUCUAAUUUCGCCAAAGAGCUUUACGGCGAAAGUUUGGAGGUUUCAAAACCUGAAUCAUCUCUUGCUUUAGGUAAUCUUGAGAAUGGAGAUGGAUCCUUUUAUGGAAGUUCAGAUGAAGAACCAAGUGAAGCUUACUCUAUGAAAAAGGAUACUGAGAACAGACGUGAAAAAUUCCACAUGCUUGGAUACCGUGAUGGGAUUUCUGCUGGUCAAGAAGCUGCUGCUCAAGAAGGUUAUAAUGUCGGCUAUAAGGAAUCAGUUCUUGCUGGCUACAAGUUUGGUAUUGUUAGAGGUGUUUCCAGUGCGCUGGCCUUUCUCCCAGAUGAGCUAAGAGAAAAGGUGAUCGAUGAACAAGAAACUCGAGACAAGUUUAAGAAAUUACACAGUUCUGUGCAUGCUCUCUCAACUGAAACCGCAUUGAAACUGUUUUAUGGAGCUUUGACUACAAAGCAAGGGGAAGAGAAGAGUGGAGAAGAAGGGCCUGGCUCUAGUCUUGGUUCUGGUUCUGGUUCUGGUUCUGGCUCUGGCUGUGUUUCAGCCACAAAUGACUUGGGAAGCUAUGUUACUGAGCUAAGCUCUCUUCUUGACAAAUCUCCUAAGAUUAAAGUUAGAUUGGACGCAUAGUCGAAGAUACGAGUGGAGGAAAAGGAACUCUAGUCCUGAUUCUGGUUUGGGCACGACAAGCUACUAGCUAAGCUCUCUUCUGGACCAGUAUCUUAUGAUUGAUGAUGCAUAGAGGAGGCUUGUUACCUCAAGUUAUUGCCUAGCAGGAGCAUGGGGGAGGCUUGUUCCCGAUUCUGUUUUGUAUCUGAAUUAAAUAUUUUUGUAUUAAUAUCAAAAGAACAAAUGUGACUUAAUUAAACAUUGGCAGUAGACUGCUCAAAUUGAGUUUA